GCGCCUCCCAGCCUCAGAGCGUGAGGCACUGCGGAAGUGGCUUUCCUAAACACUGCUGCUGCUCAGCAGAGGAGAGGAGCUGAUCAGCCUCGAGGCCAGAACGGAGCUGAUUUCCUUCACAGACACAGAUCCGGGUGUCCUGGGAGAAGGGGGAAGAUGCUGGGGGGGCUGUCAGCAGACAGCGGGGGCUCCAGGUUCACUCAUCUGGUGGUGGUGGAGUUGGCCUCGGACACAAAGGAGGAGGCCAUCGCCUGGUUGCUGAGCCGGAUACGGGCGACACAACAGAAUGGAGGCGCUGAGCUGCUGGUGGAGCAGCUGGGCCCUGGGGUCAACGCCCAGGAGAAGGAAAACCCCAACAUGUUCCUGGUGGGGGCCACAUGGCAGAGGCUGCUCUCUGGGGCUGAGGCUGUGGGCCUCUUCAAGGAGUUCCACGAUGGAUCCAUGAGAGGCUUCACCUGUGCCAACAAACAUAACUUCAAAGACUUUAAAGGGGACGGAGACUCCUUCCUCAGCGUGGCGGAGUGUCAGUACAUCAUCAAACACGAGCUGGACACAUUACGGGCCAAAGACGAGACUCACGUACCGGGACACAGCCAGGUCAAGCUCUACCCCGGGAAAUCCAUCAUUCGCAGACUGCUGUCAAAGGGGAUCCUGAUCCAGGUCUUUCCUCUCCACGAAAAGGAGGAACUGAAGAGGCUUUCAUUUUCUUGGUACCAAAAGGUGAAGCUGUCCUUUCAACCUCUGGAUGAUAUCAGACACUACUAUGGCGAGGGUCAGGCCCUCUACUUUGGCUUCCUGGAGUACUUCACCUUCGCCCUGGUGCCCAUGGCUCUCAUCGGGGUGCCUUACUACCUGUUUGACUGGGAGGACUACGACAAAUAUGUCAUCUUUGCUGCAUUCAACUUGGUCUGGUGCACCGUGAUCCUGGAGCUGUGGAAGCGUUGCAGUGCCUCGCUAGCCUACCGCUGGGGCACGCUGAGCAGGAAGAAAGCCUUUGAGGAACCCCGGCCCGGCUUCCACGGCGUCCUCGGGUUCAACCCUGUGACGGGCCGCGAGGAGCCGCUCUACCCAAACGCCAAGAGGCUGUUGCGCGUCUACCUUGUGUCCCUGCCCUUCGUCCUGCUCUGCCUCUACCUGUCCCUCUACAUCAUGAUGAUCUACUUCCUAAUGGAGGGAUGGGCGCUCUCGGUCCACGACCAGGAGCCCACGUUCUGGACUGGAAUACUGUGUUUCAUCCCCAGUAUUAUCUAUGCUGUGGUCAUAGAGGUUAUGAACCUCAUCUAUAGAUAUGCGGCUGAGUUCCUCACUGAGUGGGAAAACCACAGGCUAGAGUCCUCAUAUCAGAAUCACUUGGUCCUCAAAGUAUUAGUAUUCAACUUCUUCAACUGUUUCGCCUCGCUGUUCUACAUCGCCUUUGUUAUGCAGGACAUGGUGCUGCUCAGACAGAGUCUGGCCACGUUGCUGAUCACCAGUCAGAUCUUGAAUCAGUUCAUGGAGGCCUUCCUGCCCUACUGGCUCCAGAGGAGACGCAACAAGAAGAUGAUCCGCAAAGUCCAGAAGAGAAAAUCCCUGGAGGACAAAGAGCUUCCUCUGGCCGAUCAAGUCCGGCUGGAGGCCGACAUGAGCACCUACUUGGGAACCUUUGACGAUUACCUGGAGCUCUUCCUGCUGUUUGGCUACGUGAGUCUGUUCUCCUGUGUCUACCCGCUGGCUGCGGUCCUUGUGGUGUUGAACAACAUCACAGAGGUUUACUCCGACGCCUUCAAGAUGUGUCGUGUGUUCAAACGACCUUUCUCCGACCCGGCAGCCAACAUAGGAGUCUGGCAGCUGGCCUUCGAGGCUAUGAGCGUGAUCGCCGUCGUCACCAACUGCUCGCUGAUAGGCAUGUCUCCACAAGUCAAGACUUACUUCCCCGAAUCAGACACACAGCUCAUACUGUGGACGGUGGCUAUUGAGCAUGGGCUGCUGGCCAUCAAGUUCAUCCUGACCUUCCUCAUCCCAGAUGUUCCCAAACACAUCCAGAUCAAUCUGGCCCGCCUGGAGUUUGAAUCCUUGGAGGCCCUCAAGAAAAAGAAAAUACUCGAGGCCUCGGAGUUCAGUAAGAGUGUCCAGUGAGGAGGAGGAGCAGAGGACCUUCAGGCGGUGAUGGACAGUAGACAGAUGCUCCAAACAGCUCCACACAGCUCCACACAGCUCGGCACAGCUCCUCACUGCUGUUUACACAGAGUCACAUGUAUGUAUCAAGAAAAAACCUUUUGGAGCAUUGGGGGCUGAUUUUUUUUUUUUUUUUUUUUUUUUUUUUACACAGGGUCCUGAUGCUUAUCUGCAAUAUCUUCACAGCAUGAAGACUGAAUGGGUAAACGGUUUUAGACACAUAGCUAUGUACCUAGUGUGAUAUGAUGGUCUCUGAAUGAGAUGUACUAUAAUGAGGUUUUAUGUCGGGGUGGUGUCACAUGAGAUACGGUGGGAUAAACAGAUGUUAAAAUCACAGAUGAAUGCUGUAUUAUUACAUAUUAUACUGUAGCAAAUAUAGAUUUUAUAUCCAUAACGGUUGAUGAAAGGACAUAUAUCCGUUAUAUAUGUGUUCUUUGGGUUGAGUUGAAUCUGUACUGAUGUUUGGGAUUAUGCAAAUGUUAAAGUGUGUUAACCUACAAUUAUGAUAACUAAUGAGCGCUGAACCAACAUGUUAAUGGUGUUUAUGCGGUAAACCAAAGCCUCCAUUUAAUAAUACUGACUAUGUGAUGCUGACUGUCUUUCACUAUUUAAGCUGCUUGUAAUUGACAACACAUGAUCAUCUUGAAUUCUGCACUCCAAGUAAGGAAGCAAAUUAUGGCCAUAAAGUUUCAAUCUUCUAGGCAAGUAAACACCUUAUUGUGAAACUGAAUCACUACCCAAUACGUCAGUGGUAUUGAAAUGUUUAACACAGUAUUUUACUUUGAAAAGCAUCUUGAUUUAUGUGGUCUGAAUUCUUCUCUUUUUACUUUUCAUUAGGUCAUUUCAAGUGGGGAAAUUUCAAAAACUAUAUAUUUUUAUUAUUUCUUUAAAGGCCAACAAAUUCGGAAAGACAAUUGAAUCAUCUAGUAGAAAUAAAAAUCUACAAUCGUGUUGCUAAAACUUUUUGUCAUUUCUGGGUAUCUCAUUUUAUUAAAAUCUUUAAAAAAAUGACUGUUACCAAAAUCAGAAUUAGAAAUUCAAACUUGAAUGUGUGGCUCCCAAGAAAAAGCAAUCAAAUGUUUAAUGAAAUUAAUGUAGUGGUAUUUAUAUUUCCACAUUUAGUAUCAGGUAGUCCUGGAAUCCCAUAACUAGGUAUUUGUUUGCUGAUCAGAUUGAGAUAAUAUGGCUUUCAUAUUGCUUUCAUAUUGCUUUCAUAGACAAGAGAUCAUGAACAAUGUUUUUAGUUGGGCGUAUGUCAGCUCUUAUGUUGGCAUGCAUUGUGACCAGGGUAUUAUCAGUUCGUAAUAAUGUCAGUCUGUUACUUCCAGUGUCGAUGAAUAUGACUUGAAGUUAAACCACACACUCUUAAAACACCCCUGGUGCCUUGAAUUGCAAUCUGAAUAUUAUUUUUUUCUAUGCUCUGGUAUUGACAUUACCUAAUGUAUUGAAACUGAUGUGGAGAAUAAAGUAUAUUGAAAGCUUAUAAAGGAGGAAAUUAAAUGUGUCCAGCUGUACCUGCUGAUGUGUAUUUGUUUUGUUGUUGGAUUUCAGUGCUGCCUUCUUAAUCUGCUGUCAUUUUACAACUAUUUCUUGG